AUUUUUUCGCAGGAAAGAGCUGACACGGGAAAAAUCAUUGCUUGUUUUUUUAAAGAGAGUUCUUUGGGAUGCCUGGAGGGUGAUUCGAGUGAAUAAGAAAAAAAAACCAAUGGUAAUACUACGUCGCAAUUGCGCAAAGCUCCCGGCGAACUGCUCGACUUUCGUUUUCAUCACAAUCUACGGCGUUAAGUCAACCCGGAAGCUGAGAACUGCGUAGGGAUCCAUCCUUCCCUCCAAGUCUUUGUUUUCGAUCUGGAAGCGUCUGAAGGGUCUGAGGUCACGUCUAGUUUCCUGUUUGGGGGUCGGCAGUCUGCGAUUUCCUUUAUUCCCUAUGGCCGGUGCCCGGGCGCUGGGCGAAAGUGGUGGGGGUGGUGUAGCCGCCAUGGACUAUUCAGUACACGAGGCUUGGAACGAAGCCACCAACAUUUACUUGCUGGCGGUGUUGGCCAGCUUGGCCCUGUUGGUGUACGCGCGCAGAAAUAAGAGGAAGAUUAUGAGGAUUUUUACAUUGCCUCCAACUGUAGAAAUACCAUCUGAACCAAAUUUUUAUGACAGCAUGAAAAAAGUCCGUCUUCGGCAGCAAUUAGAGAUGUAUUCUAUUGCAAGGAAAUAUGACCACCAGCAGCAACCACAGAAACAGACUGAUAGUGUACAGCUUUUGGUGGAAUGAAGUUUUGAAUUUCUGAAGUGCUGAGGAUGCCAGAGCAUUGAUGAUAAUCACUUGCAGUGCAACUUUAAUGGUAUUAAAUAUUAUUAAAAUGUGCACUAAUUGCAUAUCCUAUGUUUUGACUAUAGGCUCUGAAUUUAUAUAUUACUGUAUAAUGAUUUCUAACAUCUGAAAAAUACAGAAAUCUAGCUCUUAUUUCUUAAUUCAUUCCAAUACAAAUAUUAGCUCACUAGAGCACUGAGAUGAUCACUGCAAUUCCUGCAGUUGUUUCGAAUCUUCAUUUAAAGAGGAAUAGAGGCACAUACUAUUUGAUGUGCCAUAAUGCUGAAAGUAAUUCAGCUGCUUCUAUAAAUGAACAUUUUCACACAGUGAAAAAUCGUGCAGUAAACAUUGCACUCAAUGAGGCAGAUAUAUUGAAUUGUAAUGUGCAACUGAAUAUACAUAAAAUAUGAAGUUUAGGAAACAUUUCUGUAUACAGCAGUUAGAACAGAAAUUAGUAAGGAACAAACAGUCCAUUCUGUGAAUAUGAUGAAACAAGAAUAUUUUUUGCAUUUGUCCUUUUAAUUGUUUUAUUCUAUUGAAUUCUGAAAUUAUAAUUUCUUAAGAAAUCACCACCAAUAGCAACAGCACUUAGACUUAUAUACCAUUUGUUUCACAGUGCUUUACAUCCAUUUCUAAGCAGUUUACAGAGUCAGCAUAUAACCUCAAUGAUCUGGGUCCUCAUUUUACUGAGCUCGGAAGGAUGGAAGGCUGAUAAAUGAUAAUGUAGUAGUAGUUUUCAAUAUUUUAUGACUGGGUCAAAUUUAAUAUUUUAGACUUAAAAGUCUAAAAGAGGAUGAUGUUAGAAGCCAGAUAAUAGCACUAUUUUUGUCAGACUUAUAAUGGAUAAAUAUCAAUUAUUUGUUGGUUUAUCAAAAAUAUAAAGUGAGAUUGACACUGGAAAUAUAAAAUCUUCAGGUGCUUAUAUAUUUGCAGCACAUUUUAUUUGGGCAUGUCUGAAGAUUUGAAGGUUUUAAUUGAUUGUAUUUUAAUUUACAUUUUAAAUGUGGACAGUAUUAUUUUUUCCAAUAAUAGACAAUAAUUUUGGCUAUUAAAUGUUCAGUUCUAUUACAUUUGUUAUUCAUUUAUACAUUUCUCUUUCUCUUCUAUAUAUAUUCUAAUGCUUUUAUAAAUUUAACUUCUGAAUACAUCAAGAGUUGCUGAAUUUUGUAACCCCAAUUCUAAUUUUGAGAUUCUUUGGGCGCAACACUGAAAUAAUUGUUAAUCUAAACAGCAGUUGAUCUGUUUUGAAAUGCAGAAAGGUUAGAGCAAAUGCUAUUUUGAUAUGUACCAUGUAUUUAUUCUUGUGAGGAUUCCUUUCUGGUAUCCUUUUGUAGUACAGUCCAGAUAAUUUAAAUCUAAAUAUAAGCAGCAUGCUUAUUCU